CUUCACUCUUCCGGAUAAGUUGUACAUCCGGCUCCAUCGGGGAGGGCAGCACCCGAAGCCGUCGUUGUUAUUGUUCGGUCGGCCGACCCCUGCCAAUGGGGGAGCCGCGGGAACUGCGCAGCCGAGCUGUUGGCUCCAACAGCCGCCGGCGCCAACGUUCUAAAACGAAUAUGGCACCAGCACCAGAUGACUUCGGAUCAGAUGGCUUUUCACCAAAAUCUGGUAUAAACAAAUUGCAUCAGGCAGCAACAACAGAUUCAUCUCCUGACUCUAAAUGUCCAAUAUGCUUGGACAGUUUUGAAAAUGUGGCCUUUUUGAAUCGUUGUUACCACAGAUUCUGCUUCCGAUGUGUGCAGGAGUGGUCCAAAAAUAAAGCAGAAUGUCCGCUCUGCAAGCAGCCUUUUCGCUCUAUCAUCCAUAGCAUGCGAUCUGAUGAUGAUUUUAAGGAAUAUAUUGUACGACCUUCAGAGAGUGGAUCUUUUGGUAAUCCUGAUGGGAGACGAUUCCGUUACCGGACUACUUUAACAAGGGAACGGCGUACAUCAGUUUUUCCCCGAAGAAAUGCCACAUCACGAAGGACCGUGUCUCCUCCAGACAAUGGGAUAUUGUUUGAAAGCUUAUCAAAUCAGCCACCCAGGCGCAGAGAUGCAGAAAUGCACCAGAUGAUUAGACGUCUCUCGUCACUGCGACAGGCUAACUUGGAAGGCAGAUCUAUGCGACAGAUUCAAGAACAGGAGAUUAUAAACUUUCGGAGGGCUCUGUAUCGCUCUGGUGUGCGUGUUAGAAACAUUGAAGAUGGAGGUCGUUACCGAGACAUAUCUGCUGAAUUUUUUCGCAGGAAUCCUGCCUGCCUUCACAGGCUAGUUCCAUGGUUAAAGCGUGAGUUGACAGUUCUCUUUGGUGCUCAUGGUUCUCUAGUCAAUAUUGUACAACAUAUCAUCAUGAGCAAUGUGACCAGGUAUGAUUUGGAGAGCCAAGCAUUUGUUGAUGAUUUAAAACCUUUUCUGCUGCAUCGCACAGAACACUUUUUGCAUGAGUUUAUUAGCUUUGCUAGAUGUCCUUUUAACAUAGAUGCCUAUGAUCAGCAUGCAAACUAUGAUUGUCCUGCUCCAUCAUAUGAGGAAGGAAGCCGCUCUGACUCCUCCAUCAUUACAAUCUCUCCAGAUGAAGCGGAUUCCCAGGAGCCAGAACAUAGUGUUUUCACGACUGGGAUCAGUCAAGCACCUUGGGAUGAUGAAACACCAGGACCCUCAUACUCCAGUGCAGCAGAGCUAAUGUCUGCCAUGUCAGCCAGUUUGGGCACUUCAGAAAGCUCUGAGGAAGAGACUCCAGCCAAUGCACCUGAGUCACAAAUGCCAUUACCUGCUAGUGUGGAAACCAAUGGUGAUAGUGAUGGCUCCUCUGAUAACUGUGUUAUUGUUGGCUACGUGAAGCCGCUAGCAGAGAGGACACCUGAACUUGUUGAGUUGUCUUCAGAUUCUGAGGGAUCGGUUGAUGAUGCUAAAAGUGAAGAUGUGAGCAAAGUGCUGCCUAUCCAGUAUCACAGUUUCAGCGAUACUAAUGCCAGUGGGAAUGCAUCACCCUGCUCUCUUGGGUCCAGGGAUGGCAGAUCCAGUUAUAAGGACAAUAUGUCCCUGUUAAGUGAGAUGCAGUCCGAAAGGCAUGAAAGGGAUAAAGCUAAAACAAGGGAGUCUACUACCAGGAAUUGGCUACAAAGCUCUGCUGCGAAAAGAGGUGGAGAUGGGGGCGAUGAUGAUGGCGACAACAGAUUGUCCAAAAGAAAGAAGUCUGAAUCCAAUUCACAACAUUCUCACAGCAGAGAACACCAUGGCAUGAAAAGCAAAAGAAAGCAUCGCAGCAUGGAAAAACGGAAAAGGAGACGGGAUUACAGCAGGCACAAGCACAAGAGAGAUAAGAAGAAGUCACGAGACAAGAGUCUAUCUCAGUCUCUAAGUAGUGAGAGCCUUAUGUCCCGAGAUUUAAGCAGAUCCAGAUCCCGGAGCAAUGAGUAUCGGAGAAGACGAUCAAAAAGCAAAGACAGUGAUUAUUACCCAAGAGACAAUUACCAAAGCAAGUACAGAUGGGAAUAUACUUUUUAUAGUACAGAUGCAGGCCGGGAUGGUUAUGAAUACAGGAGGCAGCCUCAGGCCAGAGCUCGCUAUUCAAGGCAGUCUACUAGCCCAGACUACAAAAUGCAGUCUUUCUCUGAGCGUACCGAUAGUCGAAAUCCUAGUGAAAGCCGAUACUACUACUAUGAAAGGCGCAGAUCAAGAAGUCGAUCCAGCAGCAGAUCUAGGACUCUUCCUAUGGGAGCAGAGAGAAUGCGUUCUGAAAAGCCCAGUGGCAAAAGGAAAUAUAAGACUCGCCACUUGGAGAGUGCCCACAGAGGCAGUGAAGAAACAUCUUCUACAAAAGAAGGAAAUGCCCUUCAGAGACCUUUGCCGAAAUACAGGGGCAGUUACAAAAGAAAAGAUAACUUUUUAGAUGUUCUGGAUCCUGAGAGUCACCCCAAAAAGAGGAGGAGAACAUCCAGAAGCCCAAGUGUGGAAAUUGUGUAUGAAGGGAAAGCCACCGAUGCCAGGCAUCAUAAGAGAAAAAGGAAGAGGGGGAAGAGAUCACACAAAAUCCACAUAAGUUCUGCAUUUUCUUCGCCUGUUGUAAUUACAAUUGACAGUGACAGUGAUAAAGAGCCUGAAACCCAGGGGAAUGCUGAAUAUGACAGCAGCUUUUCCUGGAGCCCCACGGUGCCACAGAAAGAGAGAGAGACAGAGUCUCCUUCCUCCCUCUUUGAAAACCAAGACUGUACUUCUGGUAGAGUUGAUGAAAUGGAAAGUGUGGAUAAGGACAGUCAUGUUCCUGCCACUGUGGGAGUUUCACAAGAGGAGAUUUUAGAUGGAGUUCCACAACCACAGGCUGUGCCCAAUGGACAUGCUCCUGCUGUGUCAGCUGAUCAGUCAUUUGACACAGGAAAUCAGCCUAGCAGUGUAGAAGAGGAGCUGUUGAACCCGUUGCCAGCUGCCAAAACAUCUUUGAUAUUCAGACUGUCAAAGAAACUGAUGGAAUAUUCCCGUCGUCGAGACUCACCAGAUCAGAAAGUGUAACUUUUUACGCAAUUGUUUUUAAACAAAAAAAAGCAUUGGGAAAUCUAUAGAUAAGACUUCCUAAAAGGAAAAUGAAAAAAAACCCUUUUUGUUUGUUUGCUAAAGUUUAUGAAAUUUACUUCUGUGCGAAGUAUCUCUCAUCCUUGAAUUUUUGCACUUAAAUCCACAAAUGUUGCUAGUAUUUGCCAUUUCUUUUCAAUUUUUAAGCUACUUGUUAAAUAUUUCCUGUGUUGCAAAACCAUACUGUAGUCUUCCUGUGUAAUAUAAAUCCCCUGACAUGUCACUGUUUUUAAAAUUGUAAAGUUAAAAAAUAAUUUUGAUGGUUGCAUUUUUAAUUCAUAAAAAGGAAAAAAAAUCUGGUUUCAUUUUGCCAUAACCUUGAUUUCUGUAGGUAAUUUUACUCUAGGCCAAUAAGGAUCAAUUAUUCUGUAAAAAAAUUGUUUCAAAUUGCCAGUUGAAAACACAGAUUUCACAAGAGUUUCAAUAAAUUUUUUUCCUGAUGUGUUCUUUA